GCCUUUUGUCUCUGGCCGUCCACUGGUGACGGCCGAGGCCACUCCGCCAGAAGAAAACUCUCCCCCCUAUCGCCAUCCCUUGCGGUCCUUUCGUGGGCGGCAGCUGAGCCGCGCCCAUAGCCUCCGAUACACUCAUAGACUUCUCCUCGAUCCGGAUAUGGGUUUUCCCCAUAGACUCAAAGAAGUAUAAACAGAGCACUCCCUUGUUCUUUCUAUCUAACAAAAAAACAGAACAACGAUAGGAAUCCCAUCCAUAUAUUAGAGAUUGAUGGAAGAUGUGGAUUACUCUGUUUCCAUUGCCAACCUCAUCUGCCAAGAGAAUGGAAUUGAUUUGGAUGCAGAUGAUGGUGAAGAGGAACGCCAUGAAAUGAUUAUUCUACUCAAAGAUGUUGAUCUUUCCGAAACCGAAGAGUACAUGGAGAAGUUGAUAUUUAGAGAGAGCAGCUUCGAGAGUCGAGGCCAUGACCUUUUAUCUUGUUCUGAUUCCUAUUCCUCUGUGGUAGCAGAAGAUUGGUUCGAGUGUGCUCGCUUGACUUCAGUGCAAUGGAUUCUCCAGAUGAGGGACUGCUUUUGCUUCAACUCCAAAACUGCGUAUCUAGCAGUGGCCUACUUCGAUCGCUUCUUCGUGCGGCGGCAAAUCAGUGAUAAGGAGAAGUUAUGGGCGAUCAGAUUGUUGUCAGUAGCUUGUCUAUCACUGGCAGCAAAGAUGGAGGAACACAGUGUGCCAGCAUUGUCAGAUUAUCAAAUAGAUGGGUAUGCAUUCAAUAACAAGGCAAUCCAGAGGAUGGAGCUCCUAGUUUUGACUACUUUGGAAUGGCGUAUGAGUUCAGUGACUCCAUUUGAUUAUCUAAGUUAUUUUACAUACAAGUUUCAAUAUGAGCAUGGAACAAAAGAUUUAAUACCUAAUGCGGUCAGAUACAUAUUUGCGAUCACUGAAGUGAUUAAUGUAGUUGAUUGUCGUCCCUCAACUAUAGCUGCAGCUGCCUUGUUAGCUGCAUCGAGCGAAAGAUACACAAAAGAGUUGUUGGAGUCUAAGAUAAGUUCUAUCUCCCUUUGUGGAUCUUUGGAGAAGGAGCAUGUAUAUGCCUGCUACAGCAUGAUGACAGUGGAGUCACCCAAGAAGCCGAAAAGAACAAAGAGAGGAGCUUCUUCAGAUUUAUCAGCAAAUCAUUCGAGCAUUGGCGAUGCCAUUGAUCUUGCUGAUAGUGCCUCUUUCACUGGUUCAAGAGAGAAGAGAAGGAGGUUACAGUUGCCAAAUAUCCAGUAGAUAUUACCCCAGCACUGUUUUAUCGCAUGGGGCAUGGCUUGAUUUUUUUUUAUAACAAAAAUGAAGUUGUUGGUUGGAUUCUUAUCUGUUAGUGUGCUUAGCAGAUGGGGUUUGUAGUUGAUUGUUGAACUUGGCUUGAGAAAUUUUUGGAUUCAGUUCUUGUGUUCA